GUUGUUCCUCGCUUAUGUCCUUCUCAUGCUCAUGCAAGAAAUGCCUUGCCUUGCUUCAUCUCGAAGCCCUUCUCUAGUGGCCCUUGCUGGUGCUAGUAACCAAACGAGGAAUGAGGAAGCGGAGGCACUCCUGAAAUGGAAGUCUAAGCUAGACAACGAGAGUCACUAUGCUUUGUCUUCGUGGUAUGGAAGCAACCCCUGUUCAUGGCGCGGUAUCGAUUGCGAUCCUCUCGGCAACCUCGCGAGCUUGAACCUUUCAGAUUCUGCCAUACGUGGUACGCUUCAUCAUCUCAAUUUCUCCCAGUUACCCAACUUGGUUGUUCUAAAGCUUGCCAACAACUUGCUCUUUGGGAACAUCCCUCCGAGCAUGGCUGAUCUUGCCAAGCUUACUCAUCUAGAUUUGUCUCGCAAUGAUUUAACAGGUCCUAUCCCGGCAUCCAUAGGGAACUUGAGCAAUCUGAAUGUUCUUUCCCUUUUCGAAAAUGAGUUGUCAGGUCCUAUCCCAUCCUCCAUAGGUAACUUGCGCAACCUGAAUGUUCUUUCCCUAUACAACAAUAAGCUUUCUGGUCCUAUCCCGCCCAUCAUAGGGAACUUGAGCAAUCUGAAUGUUCUUGCCCUAUACAACAAUAAGCUUUCUGGCCCUAUCCCUCAAGAAAUUGGAAAUCUUAGAUCUCUUUGGGUACUAUAUCUCUCCAAUAAUAGCCUCAAUGGCUCUAUUCCGAAAGAGAUUGGAAACUUAAGCGAGCUUACUGGCUUUUUGAAGGAUGUAUUGAACAAUGAACAAAGGAUAACGGCAUUUGACUGGAAUAAGAGAGUGAAUGUUGUUAAAGGUGUGGCCCAUGCUUUGUCCUACAUGCACCAUGAAUGCUCUCCUUCUAUAGUUCAUCGAGAUGUGUCGAGCAAGAACAUUUUACUAAAUGAAGAAUACGAAGCUCACAUCUCUGAUUUUGGUACGGCUAAGGUUCUAGAACCCUAUUCAUCCAAUUGGACUUCCUUUGUGGGCACUUUUGGAUAUUCAGCUCCAGAGCUUGCAUACACGAUGGAGGUGAAGGAGAAAUGUGAUGUUUACAGCUUUGGAGUGGUGACAUUGGAAGUAAUCAUGGGUAGACAUCCGGGCGAUCUCUUAUCAUCUCUCGCAUUCUCAUCUUCAUCAUCAUCAAGCAAUUCAACAGCUUCACGUUGGCCACUAAAACAAGUUCUAGAUCAAAGAAUUCCACACCCAGAACAUGACGUGCUGGGGCGAGUGGCUUUCAUCGUGAAGAUGGCAUUUUCUUGCUUAAGUGCAAAACCAGAGUAUCUUCCAAGCAUGCAACAAGUGUCUCAAGCAAUAUCUGUACGUAGUUCGAUCAUGAUAAGUGCGUCGGAGGACAUAAAAUUGGAAGAGCUAGUUAAUCUUGGAUGCUUCCCACAUUAA